GCGGCGGGCGGGCCGGUGCGCUCCGAGGGCUGCGGGGUCCGUGCGGCGGCCGGGCAGCCGGUGCGCUCCCGGUGCCUUGGGUCAGGGCCGGAGGAGCCGGUGCGCUCCGGGUGGCCCCAGUCCGUCCCGGGAGCGAAGGGGGCCGGGCUGUGCCAGGCGGGAGCGGUGCCCUGCGAGGCGGUGGGGAGCAAGCGCGCUCCGGUCCUGCGGCAGGAAGGGGCGCCCCGGUCCUUGGGCACCGCAGCGCUCCCCGGGGGGAUCCAGCAGCCCGCUGGCCGGGCGCCCGCUGGGGAGAGCGCCUCGCCCCCUGCCCACCGCUGUGUUCCUGCCAUCGGCCCCCCGCACGGCUGCUCCCACCGGCUGGGCUGAGGCGCUGGACAUGGACACUGAGGAUGACCCCUUGUUGCAAGAUGCUUGGCUCGAGGAGGAGGAGGAGGAGGUUGCCUUUGGCCCCCGGAAGAGGAGCAAGGGUCCCCAGCUGUGUGGCAAAUGCCAGUGGAAUCCCAGGCCACUGCCGACAAUGCUGCCAGCGUCCGGCUUUUGGAGCGUGCUUGGCUGGGUCUUCACCAACCCAUGCUGCGCCAGCAUUAUCCUCUUCCUGGGCUGUGCCAUCCCCGCUGCGCUGGCUGUCGUCAUGUUCCUCCACUACCCUACCCUGGAUAUCGACAUCUCCUAUAAUGCCUUCGAGAUCAGGAACCACGAGUCCUCGCAGCGCUUCGAUGCGCUCACCCUGGCCCUCAAGUCCCAGUUCGGCUCGUGGGGCCGGAACCGCCGGGACCUGGCUGAUUUCACCUCGGAGACCCUGCAGAGGCUGAUCUUCGAGCAGCUGCAGCAGCUCCACCCCAACGCCUCUCGGCUGGGCGGUGGGGCCAGGCCAAGGCGCAGCGUGGCGCUUCCCGUGGGCGGAGGGAGGACCAGCCCUGCUGGGCCCGAGGCCCGGCGGAGUCUGGUGAACCAAACCUCCCGCCUCGCCCGGGGUGCUCCACACUGGGACUACUCCAGCGCCUACGUCAGUGCCAAUACCCAGACGCACGCCCACUGGCGCAUCGAACUCAUUUUCCUGGCCCGAGGGGACGCCGAGAACAACAUCUUCACCUCCGAGCGCCUGCUCACCAUCCACGAGAUAGAGCGGAAGAUCAUGGACCACCCCCACUUCCGGGAGUUCUGCUGGAAGCCCCACGAGGUCCUGAAGGAUCUUCCUCUGGGCUCCUAUUCAUACUGCUCCCCUCCCAGCUCCCUCAUGACAUACUUCUUCCCCACCGAACGGGGAGGCAAGAUCUACUACGACGGCAUGGGGCAAGACCUGGCCGACAUCCAAGGGUCCCUGGAGUUGGCCAUGACCCACCCGGAGUUCUACUGGUAUGUGGAUGAGGGGCUUUCGGCAGAGAACAUGAAGAGCUCCCUCCUCCGCAGCGAGAUCCUUUUCGGGGCCCCCCUGCCCAAUUAUUACUCGGUGGAGGAUAGGUGGGACGAGCAGCGCAGCAAGUUCCAGAGCUUCGUGGUCACCUACGUGGCCAUGCUGGCCAAGCAGUCCACCAGCAAAGUGCAGGUGCUGUAUGGUGGGACAGAUUUGUUUGACUAUGAAGUGAGGAGGACCUUCAGUAACGACAUGCUGCUGGCCUUCAUCAGCAGUAGCUGCAUCGCAGUCUUGGUCUAUAUCCUCACCUCUUGCUCUGUGUUCCUGUCUUUCUUUGGCCUGGCCAGCAUUGGGCUGAGCUGCCUGGUGGCGCUGUUCCUGUACCACGUGGUGUUCGGGGUCCAGUACCUGGGCAUCCUCAAUGGCGUGGCCGCCUUUGUCAUUGUGGGGAUCGGUGUCGAUGACGUCUUUGUCUUCAUAAACACGUACCGCCAAGCCACCCACCUGAAGGACCUGCAGCUGCGCAUGAUCCACACCAUCCAGACGGCAGGGAAGGCCACCUUCUUCACCUCCUUGACCACAGCUGCGGCGUACGCUGCCAACAUCUUCUCACAGAUCCCUGCCGUGCAUGACUUUGGUCUCUUCAUGUCGCUCAUUGUGUCCUGCUGCUGGGUGGCCGUGCUGUUCACCAUGCCGGCUGCUCUUGGAAUAUGGACCCUCUACAUGUCCCCCCUGGAGAGCUCCUGUCAGGCCAGCUGCAGUCAGAAGUGCGGGAAGACGAGCACUUUGCCCAUUGCCGAUGACCUGUUACUUGCCUCGGAGGAUGCAGCCGGUCCAGGCCAGGGGUCACUCCCGUACCUCGAUGAUGACAUCCCACUGCUCAGUGUGGAGGAGGAGCCGGCGGCUCUGGAAAUGGGGGAUGUGCCCUUGGUGUCUGCACUGCCGGAGAACUUGCAGCUCCCGGCCGAGAAGGUCAGGAAAGGUCACUUGAUCGCCCAUCUGCAGGAGCUCCUCCAGCACUGGGCGCUGUGGUCUGCGGGGAAGAGCAGAUGGGUGAUUGUGGGGCUCUUUGUCAUGGUCCUGAUCCUGUCCAUAUUCUUCGCUAGCCGCCUCCGCCCAGCUAGCCGCGCUCCUCUCCUGUUCCGGCCCGACACCAACAUCCAGGUGCUCCUGGACCUCAAGUACAACCUGAGCGCCGAGGGCAUCUCCUGCGUCACCUGUUCAGGUUUGUUUCAGGAAAAGCCCCACAAUCUGCAGAGCAACAUCCGAACCUCCUUGGAGAAGAGGAAACGGGGCUCGGGGCCCCCUUGGGGGAGCAGAGGGGGCGCGGCUGAUGCUGUGCAGCAGGAUCCCCAGGGGACUGUGUAUGUCUCCAAGUCCAAAGGCCAGGGAAGGCCACCCAUCUACAGGUUCUCCCUCAAUGCCAGUGUUCCUGCCUCGUGGCAGAUGGUGUCCCCGGGAGAUGGGGAAGUGCCCUCAUUCCAGGUGUAUAGAGUUCCUUUCGGUAACUUCACCAAGAAGCUGACAGCUUGUGUGUCCACAGUAGGGCUGCUUCAGCAGACGAGCCCCCGGAAAUGGAUGAUGACCACUUUAUCCUGCGACGCCAAGAGAGGCUGGAAGUUCGACUUCAGUUUCUACGUCGCGGCCAAGGAACAGCAGCGAACGCGGAAGCUGUAUUUCGCCCAGUCGCACAAGCCCCCUUACCACGGCCGAGUGUGCAUAGCGCCCCCUGGCUGUCUUCUCAGCUCUAGCCCGGACGGACCCAACAAAGGCUUCCUCUAUGUGCCCAGCGAGAAGGGGUCCCCCAAGAUGAAGCUCUCGGCCACCUCAGGCUUUAACCCGUGUGGGAACACCGGCUGUGGGAAGCCAGCAGUGCGGCCGCUGGUGGACACGGGGGCCAUGGUGUUUGUGGUGUUUGGCAUCCGCGGGGUGAAUCACACCCGACACCCGGAUAACCACGUCAUCGGAGACAUGGGCAGCGUUAUCUACGAUGACAGCUUUGACCUCUUCAAAGAGAUUGGCAACCUGUGCCUCAUCUGCAAGGCCAUUGCCGGCAAUGCUGAACUGGUGAAGCCGGGAGGGGCCCAGUGCCUGCCCUCAGGCUACAGCAUCUCCUCCUUUCUGCAGAUGCUGCAUCCUGAGUGUAAGAACCUCCCAGAGCCGAACCUGCUCCCCGGGCAGCUCUCCCACGGGGCGGUGGGGGUGAAGGAUGGCAAGGUGCAGUGGAUCUCCAUGGCUUUUGAAUCGACGACCUACCAGGGCAAGUCUUCCUUCCAGACCUACUCCGACUAUCUGAAGUGGGAGACUUUCUUGCAGCAGCAGCUCCAGCUCUUCCCUGACAGCUCCGCUCUCCGGCACGGAUUCCAGACCUGCGAGCACUGGAAGCAAAUCUUCAUGGAGAUCAUAGGUGUGCAGAGUGCCCUUUACGGUCUCAUCCUCUCGCUGGUUAUCUGCGUGGCUGCAGUUGCUGUGUUCACCACGCACCUUCUCCUCCUGCUGCCGGUGCUGCUCAGCAUUCUAGGGGUUGUCUGCCUGGUGGUGACCAUCAUGUACUGGUCUGGCUGGGAAAUGGGGGCUGUGGAGGCGAUUUCUCUCUCCAUCCUCGUCGGCUCCUCCGUCGAUUACUGCGUGCACCUGGUGGAGGGCUACCUGCUGGCGGGAGAGAACUUGCCCCUUCACCAGGCAGAGGACCCCACUUCCUGCCGCCAGUGGAGGACGAUCGAAGCCGUCCGGCAUGUGGGCGUGGCCAUCGUCUCCAGCGCAGUCACCACGGUGAUCGCCACCGUCCCGCUCUUCUUCUGCAUCAUCGCCCCCUUUGCCAAAUUCGGGAAGAUCGUGGCCCUCAACACGGCCGUCUCCAUCCUGUACACCCUGACUGUGAGCACGGCCCUGCUGGGCGUCCUGGGGCCCAGCACCUUCACCCGCAGCAGGACUUCCUUCCUCAAGGCUCUGGUGGGGGUUCUCCUGGCGGGCGUCUUAGGGCUGUGCGUUUGCCUGGCCCUGCUGCAGAGUGGCGUGAAGAUCCCCCUCCCCAGCGGGACGUCCCUGUAGUCCCCACACCGGGCUGCCUCCGUCUCUCUUUCGCCCUGUUUUUUUUUAAAGGAUAUUUUUUGUAAAAAUGAAAAAAAAAAUCCCUUUUUCUGGACGUUUUUUCAACUCCAGAGGCACUUUAUUUUCUACUGGGUUUUGCUCUAAACUCGUAUUUAUUUUGGCGGUGGCGGAUGGACGGACUGACAGUGCACCAGGGCCACAGUAACUCUCAGCCGCCUCCUCCUCCUCCUCCUCCUUUUUCUUGUUUGUUAAUGAAUGGAGGGUUUGGAGAUCCUGGCACCCCACCCCCUGUAUGACACCCCCCUGAUGUAUGCGCCAUCACAGAUGUUCCACUGAGGCCUUCAAAAUAGGACUUAAGUGAGAGAUAGGCCUUGUGAGUUUCAUCCCCUGGGCUCGAUCCUUGACUCGGGUAAUCUACUUCUGCUGAUUUACACCUGCAGAGAGUCCGGCCUUCUGAGAUGAGGAGGUUUUGGGGGCGUUGGGGAAAGUCCACUGAGGUUGUCGAAGGGUCAGUGAUUCCCAAGGAAGCUCCUGCUGCCACUGGUCGGUGCCCCAGCCUACGGGGAUCUAGUGUGUGCACCAGCCGGGUUGGCUAUCGUGGGAGUUCUUGUUGGCUGAGCUCACGUGUCGCUUUGGGGUUAUCUGUCUGUUCGGUUUGGCUGGACGCAGCUGCUGGUGUGUCCUUUUCAGGUGGAGUCCCAGAGCCAAGAGCGCAGCGGGGUUUAGGGGUCCCUUUUCCUGAGCGUGUGUUGUGUGCUGGGGAUGAGUUUGCCGGAUACUUUAUGGGCACAUACCCCUGUCCUGGCGCUAAGGUGAAGCCCACAGGGUCAUCUGCUUGUCGACCUGCCCCCACCCUCUCUCUUUGCCUCCCCACUUAGCCUGUGAUGGCCACUCUGACGCAUUCCCACCUCUGUGCCCCAGGCUCAUUUUGUCAAGUGAGCCGCUUCAUGGGGCACUGGCUUUGGGUCGUCAACAGCUAGAUUGUCUGCAGGUAGCAUCUUCUCCUCUUCACCGGGGGCACUGCAGGGGCUCGCCCCCGCUAUUCUAAACACCAGCUCUAACGGAUGGGCCGGGGAUCCUAUCUCCCUCCUGGGGCAGGGACCCUCCAUAGCAUUGUGCAGUUAGCUCAUGGGCGUAGUUACAGUCAGCAAUGCAGGGAGCAGGAAUGCAGUUCCCUAAUCUGUCUCUCUCCAGGCCCAGCCGUCGGCCUAAGACAGUGACAGCAGCCAGCACCAAAGUUUCCUCCCACUCAUCACCUGUGCCGCUCGGCGUGGGUAACAUCUCCCCCUGCCACCGCCACUGGGGAGAGAAUCGUGGGCCUUCAACCCACCACACAGGCCUCUCCCACUGGGAGCAAUGAUGCACGUAGCCCCCGUCCCAUUGAUAAAGGGCGGGGCUCAUCCUAUGUGGCAGUUUUGAUGCAGCCCCCGGCAGCUGCCUGCUUGGAACAGAUGGUUUAUAUUAAAGUAGAAUGAAAUUGCAAAGUGGCGCCAUUAACAAGUACAUUUUUAGGCAUCACUGAUUUCAUCAUAUUCUUAAAGUGGAAAUAACUAAGUGUGUGCAUUGAUAUGCGGCACAUCUGUUCCCCGGCAGAAGGGGCGCGGGUCAGGCCCAAUGGGAGCUGCAUUAAACAUUAUUUACCAGGAGACGCGGCAGCAGGAGUGGGGCUGGGCUUAUCAUUUGUUUGCAGAUACUGAAUCCCUGGUGGAUUCGUAUUUGCUCUCUGGAUUGAAUGGCCCCUUUUAAAAAAUGUAAGCGCCCAGUGGGAUUAGAUCUCUCCGUACCCCAUUCGUUGCCUGGGCCGGUGACCACUCUGCUGAGCUCAGCAGCCCCUUCUGCUCGGGUUCGUGUCCCCAGCUCAGGUCCCUGGCAGAGUCCAUGAUAAAUUAAUUUCAUGCAUUUAUUGGUGCCUUUUGAGGUGCAGGAUUUUCCCUGGGAAACUGGAUUUAGGACCAGACCUUACGAGGGUGCUCAGCUUCCGUUGGCUUGAACAGGAGCUGGGGGAGGGCUCAGCACUCCUCUCCUUGCAGGACUGGGCCCUUCAUCCCUUUCACCCCCUGCAAAUUCAGCUACCAGAUUGUCUCCUGUGUGGCUCAGAAGGGACCUGCAUGCUCAGAAUUAGCCCAGCUCUGGACGCAGCCUGUCAGUGGUCCUGAGGCCGGGGGAAAUUAGGAGCAACUCUAUUGCUGGCAGAGAAGUCACGCUGGUGUGCGAGCAGAAUCAGGCCCAGGGUUUUCAUUACCGUGUUGCAGCUGAGUUCCUGCCACAGCUGCUUUGGCAUUCAAUGAAUCCUGGGCCCAUUAGUCAUUCCCCAUUAGCUCAGACUCCAGCAGGGGCAAGUUUCUGUGUCUCUGACCUGUGCUUCUCCAUGGGCCUGCAGAGCCCUAUGUCCCCUGAUUUCCAGCGCUGCUUUCCAGGCACCAGCUUGCUCUGACGUUCCAACCUCAAGAUCAAUUAACUAGCGCCCCAGAGUGGCACUUGGUUGCACGGAGCAUCAGUGGCAGCGUGGCUGGGGUACCGGGUGUGUGCAUGUGACACAGGGAGAGGGUGAGUGCAAGGAGAUGGACCUGAUCAGCAUCACCAAAGCGAUGGCGGGUCUGACAGCAGGACUUGAACUGAGCAAAUGCUUCAGCCUCCUGAGACUGAUUAAAGCCACUGUUUGUUUGUUUCCAGGUCAACAGACAGACAAGAGGAGAAGGGGCCUGUGUGUGUGUGUGUGUGAGAGAGAGAGAGAGAAACAGAGACAGCCCCUGGAGAAAGUCACUCUCGCUGUGUGUGAAGGGAGGGAUUGGAGUGUCUGGGUAAGGACACAGAUCUGUGUCUAGCCCUGCAAACUGCUCAUUAGAGCAAAUGCGAGCCCAGGAGGUGGGUUUUUUUUUUUUGUUUUGUUUCCCCUCCCCGCAUAUACAAAGACUUCUGAUGUAAGUCUUUCCCCCUCCGGAUGGGGCUGAGAACUGCAUGCUGGGAUUGCCAGCUCAGCCACUCCUGGGAGGUGUAACAAAGCAGCUGGAAACCUUUUAUAUCUCUUGGGUCCAAUCUGGUGAGGUGCUGGGUUUCCCUGGGGGUGGGGUUGCCACUGGAGUUUGGGAGUUGGAGGGCACUCAGGACCUAGCAGGAUUAGGGGCUGUCCAUAAAUUAUGCCAUGCAUUAGGGAUGGGUGGGUGGGAAGGCGCUUAACCUCAUGGGUUUGUUUCAGUGUCACAAGGGGUGGGCAGGUCUUGAAAAUCACCAACAAAAUGUGUGUAAUUUAUGGACAGCCCCUUGGGGCUCUCACCCUGAGUGCUGGGGCCUGACUGCAGAGAGGUUCCCAUUGUUUCUCUCUCUCCCCAUCCCAGCUUUAGUAGGAGAAUGGGGUUUGGCUAGUGUCAGGCGCAGGAUGUGAUGUUCUGCUUGUAGCUUUGGAAGGUGUUCGACAGGGAGGGGGAAGUGAGAGCAAAUAGCAGAAUAAGUUAGAAAGUGGGGAGACUGAGGCCUCAUUGUGCCAGGUGCUGUAUAAAUGCACAGUGAGAGGCAAAACCUACCACAGAGAGAUCCAUCUAUGGGGCAAGACCAAGCGUGGGCUGGGGCGGGGCGGGGGGAAACUGAGGCACAAAGAGGUGAAAGCGACUUGCCCAAGAUCACCCAACAGGCCAGCGGCAGAGCCAGGAAUAGAAUGCAGGUCUCCUGACUCCCAGGCCAGUCUAUCCACUAGAGCACACAGCUCGUAUCCUCUAAUUCUAAUAUUUAACUUCACAUAUCAACCUGGUUUUAACAGCUCUUGCCUUAAGGGCCCAGCUGAAACAUCCCGGCCCCCUCUCGCUUUUAUCCAGCAACCCCGCUGACCAUCAGUGUACCCGAAAGGAGAGCACAGCAGGUUCAGUUCAGCCGGUGAGAGGACGUGAGUUUCAAAGCUUGCUGUCUCCUAGCAGCACCCCGGCUGUGUCUCCCCGCAGGGCUACCUGUAAAUAGCUGUCGGUGGCUCUCCCCUGUUGAUGACCCUGCCUGCUGGCUGCCUUUAGGAUGCUUAUGCCUCCUUUAGCAAAUACCACCCUAAAUGUAUAAUGGAAUGGGACCAAACCGCCCUAAAGGUGCUUCAGACCCUCCACCUCUCCCCAAGAGUCUGAGGAGAGGGCCCCUCACUGGCAAAUGUGUAUGCUUGGCCCCAGGGGGCCAAGGUUUGCUUUGGCCUUAUUUCCUGGAACAACCCCACAGUCUCCAGAUUAGAAAAUGGCCCAUUUGCUUGAGCAAAUACAAAGGUGGGUCUGAUGCUGCCAUAGUGGGAAUUGGAGCCCUGAAACAGCUGCUCAUAGCACUGGGAAUCAAGAACUGGCUGGCAUGGUGCCAGCCCUUCAGCAGAUGCUGUGUCUAAAUCAGCCCCUCCAAACCUUCACCUGUCUCCCUCCCCUAAUGGCUCCUCUGCAGCCUGCAUCUGAGAAAAUGCUGAUUUGCCCAAGGAGAAAUGUUUCCCAGAAAGAUGGUUGUGGGGUUUGUUUUUGACAAAUUUGUGUUUUUUAAAAAAAAAAAAUCUCAAGGGAGCGUUCUGCCCCGGCGCACAUGCUCUGUUUCAACCGUUGCAGCCCAGGCUGUUUUGAUUUUUCCGUUUCAAAACAAUUUUUAAAAAUUUUAUAUGAUGUAAUCCAAAAGAACCUUAAAAAGUCAUAAUUGGAACAAAAUGUUUAGACUUUCCCAAAGUGAAAUGUGUCAAUCGACCCAAAAUGAAAUUUUUUUCAGAAUUUUAUUUUGCGGGAAAAUUUCAAAAUUGGGUGUUUUCAUUACGUUUCGGCCUAGAAAACACUUCCAAAAGCAAGGAAAACCCGGUUCCUCCCCAGCUGUAAGCAGCAGCCUCCCACCACUUGGCCGUAGGUGGGGAUCGAAGGGUGUUGCUAUUUGUUGUUGUUUGUAUUACAGCGGCACGACUGUCCUGUGUACAGUACAAAUGUAACUGUUGUUUGUGCUACCAAGAGGCCCCGAGUCAGGUCAGGACCCCAUUGUGCUAGGCACUGUACGGACACACAGUAGGAGGCAGUCCCUACCUCAAAGAGCUUACAGUCUAUGUUGAAUGGGGUUGGGGUUGGGAAAAUCGAGGGCAAGUGACUUACUCCAGGUUCUACGCUAGGUGAGUGGCAAAGCUGAGAAUCGGACCCUGAGCUCACUCCUCGGCCUACACUGCCUCCCUUGAGUUACAUGGUGAUCUCUGCAAUGAGCUGAUAGUCUCAGCCCGGAUCUAGGUGAGAAGUACCCAUAUCAAAGUUGGCCUCCUUUUGUGGCAGGUGCAGCCUGUCAGCUGCCUGGGGCAUGGAGCCCGAACUCUCUCUUUGAGAGGGGUCCCCUGGCCGGUCAGUGAGGCCUGCCCCAUGGUGCUGGCCCUGUCCUGUGGGGCAUAGGGCACAUCAGAUGCCAUGAAGCCAGCUUGAAAAUUAAGUGUGGGGAAAAAGGAAUGGAAAAAACCCAGCAGCAUUUGCUGGGUGGGGGAGAGGGGGACAGGCCAACAGCCAAGAGGGGGAAGGACGAGACGGUCACUUUUGGGGGCCCUGACCUUGGCUCUACUGGAGCCAGAUUGGAAUAGUUGGUUUCCCAGUCUUCAAAGAGACUUUUCUGGCCCUUAAUUUUCUUGCUGGAGAAUCCUGCUCUCCUGGAAGGCUAUAAAAGGCCUGUUAUUUAUCACAGCAACUGACAUAAAUCGUCCCGCCCUCUCCUGCAGCUUAGCCUUGCCGAUUGAUUUAUAGCCAAGCAGGGCAAACUCAAAGCCUAUUCCUUUCAAAAUCACUCCUCCCAGUGGGUAGCGUUUACAGCUCAGCUCACACGUUUUAAUCAGUGUGGAGCAUGGAGCCUGAACGCCACAGAGCUAGGGCCCUUGCUAAUGCAGUAGUGGGGGGAGGGGAUACCUCAGCUAACUCCCCAUCUGCCCUGGGUUAGGUUCAGAGCUGCCUCUGCCUGGGGGCAAGUGUCCGUCAAGAUCCGGUCUCCUCUCUCUAUUGUGAGCAGGCAGCUGACCUGCAUAGGGUCCCGAUCUCCCCCUCCGCUGCACCUGGGCAGUGUGGCAAUUCCAUCCUGGUAGGAGGGCUGCUGGGAGGGCAAAGAGAUGGGAGUGGGAGGCCAUGCAAGCUGGGCCGGUGGAGGGGGGAGGGGGCACGGAGGUGGGAGGGUGAGGGCUAGGCAGGGAGUUCAGACACCUUGGAGGUGGGUGGGCAGAGACUGAGGGAAGGGAUGGCUCUGGGAAACGGAAGAGUGAGGAGCAAGCUAGUGGGAGGGGGUGGGCUGAGAGCGGAGGGUAGUGAGGGCAGAGGGCUGGGCUACGGUGCGUUUCACCUUGUGUGCAGACGUGAGCGCGCUGGCUCUCCGAGGGCCGAGGCACAAUCCCUGAUGUCAUGUACCCACGUUACUUUUGUAAGUCCUCUCCUGCCCACACUACUUUUGGUGUUCCUUGACUUUUGGAGACUGUUGUAAAUAAAAGAUUUUGACAUUCA